GUGGGAGGACCUUUUAGCAAAGUGAAAGUGGCUAAAAAGACUUUUCAGCAUGCAGAAUAUGAUCAAUGCGGUGAAGGGCACAGCCCUUGGCAUGGCUGAGUAUCUUACUCCGGUGCUGAAGGAAUCAAAGUUUAAAGAAACAGGAGUUAUUACACCUGAAGAGUUUCUGGCUGCUGGUGAGCAUAUUGUCCACCACUGUCCAACAUGGCAGUGGUCAGCUGGUGAUGAAUCAAAAACAAAACCCUACCUACCUAAGGACAAACAGUUCCUUAUCACACGGAAUGUCCCAUGCUACAAGCGAGUCAAACAAGUAGACAAUCAUCAGGAGGACCAAGAAAAGGUUAUAGAAGAGGAUGAAGAUGGGGGCUGGGUAGAUACCCACCAUUUUCCUGGUAGUGAUGCAAACACUACUUCAAUACAAGAGGCUGUCUCAGAAAUGACCUUAGACAGUAAGGAGAGUAAAGGCUCUUCUAGUUCUCAAUCCAAGGAAGAUGAUGACGAUGAUGAUGACGAUGAUGAUGAGGAAGCAAUGGACAUGGAGGCAUUUGAGGAGAGUGGCAUGCUAGAGGAGAAAGAUGAUGCAACACUAGAUCCUAAAGUGUAUGAGAGACAGGAAUCAGAUGGGGCAAUGGGAGGAGAAAGUGGCAUCCUGCAGACUCGUACUUAUGAUCUCAACAUUACCUAUGACAAGUAUUACCAGACACCUAGACUUUGGUUGUAUGGAUAUGAUGAGAAUAGGAAACCUCUGACUGUGAAUCAGAUGUAUGAAGACUUCAGUCAGGAUCAUGCUAAAAAGACAGUAACAAUGGAGAGUCACCCUCACUUACCUGGUCCACCAAUGGCUUCUGUACACCCCUGUCGGCAUGCUGAUGUGAUGAAGAAAAUAAUACAGAUGGUUGCUGAAGGUGGUGGAGACCUAGGAGUACAUGUAUAUUUAAUGAUCUUUUUGAAGUUUGUCCAAGCUGUGAUACCGACUAUUGAAUAUGACUACACAAGACAUUUUACUAUGUGAUAACCAGCAAUAAGUUUCUUACAAUAUUUAUCUAAACAUUGGGAUCAAAGGACCAAUUGCUAUGGCAGCCAAGUAUCCUAGCAACCCGCUGUAGUAAUGAGGUGAUGCAGUUGCUAUGGUGAUGUGAAUACCCAUCAUGCUUACCCUCACCGUGCAAUAGACAUAAUUCUAUGUAUGGAGGUCAUAUCUGUGGAAAAUUCAGUAAGAUUUCACUUUGCAUUUAUUUGAAACUUUUAAGUUUAGAGGAAAAAAUUGCAGAGAAGCAUCUGGUUUUUCAUACUUGGUGAUACUUCCAGUAUACCAGAUGUUCCCUGUAGUCAUGUACUAAUGAACAAGUGAUUGUUGAUGAGGAACCAGUUGAUAAUGUGUUAAAAUUGUUAUACCUAUCCUUAAAUAAGACUUGUUAUCAUGUGA